UUGUAACUUUGAUUUAGCCGUGAAAUUUAGAAUUUCAAUAUUUGACCUUUUGAAAAUUAGAAAAAAAUCAGUAACAAAAAUAAAGAAAUACAUGAAACCUUUGUCAAAAAUUUCAUUCCUGCGAUUUCGUUGUUAAAUUCUUGCAAACCUCAUUCUACGCACGGUUACUGUGAUCAAAAACGGAGUCGAAUGAUGUCACUUGAAAUGGUUCUUCAUAUGGUCAUUCAGCUCACUGUUCUCUCGGCAGCACUGGUAUUCUGCAAGGGCAAGAAAAAGAAUACUUCUGCGGCGCCUGUCAGUAUUCGAAAACCUCCAAUGAAACCAGCAUGUUCAACCAUAAAACCAACAGAUUUUCCACCUGCAUCAGCGGCCCCUAUUGCGCCAAAAGGGGAGGAAAAGAAAGAAGAGGAAAAGAAAGAAGAGGAAAAGAAGGAAGAAGAGAAGAAGGCUGAUGAUGAGAAAAAGAAAACAGAGGAGAAGGAUGAUAAGAAGUCAAAGAAAACGGAAGAAAAGGAUAAGCUAUCAGUGAAAAAGACCCAGGAAACGAAAUCUGAACGAAAGGACAAGAAGGAUGAGAGGAAAGAGGAUGAUAAGAAAGAGGAAAAUAAGGAAAAAUCUAAAGAUGAGGAGAAGAAAAAGGAUGAGGUGAAGGACAAGAAAGAAGAUGAAAAGAUGGAUGAUAAGAAGCCAGGUGAAAAGGAAGAGAAGAAGGAAGAAUUCAAGAAAGAAAUGAAAAAAGAGGAGAAGAAAGAAGAAAAGAAGGAAGAACCAAAGAAAAAUGAUGCACCAAAGAAGGAAGGAGAAACCAAAGGAGAAGUUAAGAAAGAUGCUUUAGUUGAAAAUCCGAUUGUUACUGAAAUGUCUGAUAGGGAUGAAAAGAAAGAAGAGAAGAAAGACGACAAAAAAGAUGAGAAAAAGGAUGAGAAGAAGGAGGCAAAGAAAGAGGAAAAGAAAGAGGAAAAGAAAGAGGAGAAGAAAGAAGAAAAGAAAGAAGAAAAGAAGGAUGAUAAAAAAGAAGACGAUAAGGAAAAAUCUGCAACUAAAUCUGAAGAUAAAAAAUCCGAUGAAAAGAAGACUGAAGAAAAGAAGUCCGACGAAAAAAAAAAUGAAAAGUCUGAGGAGAAGAAGUGAUCUGCUUUUUGUAAUCAUUGCUGAAAUGAAUUUUGGUUUAGG